AUGUCAUUAAACGCCGUAAAGAAAUGCGGCCUCAAUUCCAGGGAUCAUCGCCUUCGACCAGGAGAUCAUGUAUUGCAAAUCGGUAACAUCAGCACACACGGUAUGAGCAGUCAACAGGUGGCAGCGAUUCUUCGACAACAGGACACAAUCGUGGAAAUGAUUGUUGGACGGCCAAUCAACUAUGCCGAUCGACCACCUGAUAAGCAGCGGUCAUAA